GAGGUCAAGGUCACUUUCAGCCAUCACAUCAGCUCAGCUCGUCUCAGCUCAUUUCAUCUACUGCUUCUCAAUGGCUCCUCCAACUACAAUUCCAAACUUGUUCAUGUCUGACUUUGGACUGAACACUGAUGAUAUCAAAUACUUCCAUAUGGAUUCUCACAUCCAAGGGCGCGGACCAAACCGUCUGAAGCAUCUUGACAUUGAGGGAAGAUGGGUGCUUUCUGGAAAGAGCAUUCCAUUCAUUUCUGCCGCAUUCAAUCAUCUUGAAAGACUCAAUGAUGCUCAGGUUCCACUCCGCGACAUUACCGAGGAACCAAUUGAUGCCAUCGGAAUGGUUGGAUGGACCAAGUCUUCAGCCCCAGCUGAGGAGGCACCAAAGGAAGAGAAGAAGAUCCCGAAGAAGUUUGUGCUCCAGCCACCAGUCUUUGUGGAAGAUGAGGUUCCACCAAGCCCAAGAGAAGUUGUCCCACAUCGAUCAGCAGGAUAUGGACCAGCUCACCACAAGAGAAAGCUCUCAAUCCCAGACCGUUCCAGAAGUGUAUCCCCAAUGCCUGCUGAAGCUCCAGGACAAACUGUGUUCGACAAAUACGCUAAAUACGAGAGACACCGCAAAGACUCCAUCACCAGAUACGGAACCAAGUGGGGAGAUGCUGGAUACGUCUCGCACAGCCCAUCGCCAACCGGCGAUGAACCACAAGCCAUUCCACAUCGUACUCAAGCACUUUCUCCACGACCAGCUUCCAGAACUCGCCAGUAUGACAGCGAAUACAGCGCCGAUUUCUUGAAGAACGACUCGGCGGGCAGUGUCAACGAACUCAAGGUAUUAACGAAAAACAUCAAGGGAGACUAUGUGCCGUACAGAACCACCGGGUACGGAGCAUAUCACGUAAAGAGACAGUAUGAUUUGAGCCCAAGAUCUAUGGGAAGUGAUUAUGCGACGAGCAGUGGAUCCGAGCAGUCAUCCCCCAUCCCAGCUCGGCGGGAGAGAUCAGCUGAUGAGAUUGUUUUGAGUGCCUACCACGCAUCCAAAACCACCGACUCAUCCCGUCCACGACGUGACAACUGGAUUCGUCAACAAUAAUAUGACCCAAUUUAUCAAUUCAUUUUCAGUUCUUAUUCAAAACCAAAUUCAGACGAACGAGUCAACCCCCGCAUCUACCCAACCUCGCUUGUCGCCAGCAAAAAAAAAUGUACAAAAGAAAAUCUCUCGUUGUUCUAGAGAUGAGGCCUACCAUGUAGUGAUUAUAGACCAGCGUCCACCGGCAAAUCCUUUGUGUGUGCGAGCAUAAAUGAUUGAAUCAUUGAAUCACACUUCGUCUCGAGAACAAUUACAGUUUUCUUCCACAUGCUAUUCUUUUACAGAUUACUAUACCCCAUGUACAAUUUGAGUGUAAAUUUACUACAUACAUAUACACUAUGCCCCAUCCUAUUAACCAUCAGAAUUUAACCAGUGAAACACAAUUCGAUAACUAUCGUCGAAUAACUUUUUGGGAUUUAAUUGGUGACAGCAUUUUUGGAGUGAAUCAGAAAUAAAAACGUUUUAUGGACA